GUCUGUUCCUAGCCACUGGCUGAAGAGACACAAGAGCAAACAGACGAAAGAAGCCGCACCUAGCUUGAGAGCUGCCCUACGGCAGAGCCGAAAAUCAUACAAUCUGGAACGGUUAUUUCAGUGGACAAUGGGGCUGGUCAGGAAAAGGAGAAGAGAUGUCAAUGAGGAAGACCCCCACCUUCCCCGUCAUUCGAAGAGGAAUAAGAAGGACCAGGCCUUCCAGGACCCGCAGGCUAUAGAGUCAUCAAGCAAUGAUAAUGAAAAGAUCCACAGCAGCAUCGAUGACACCAAGAGAGAAAGUGUUCCAAAGAGCAGCUUAAACCAGGACACCGCUGAACUUAACUCCAAUGUCCCCGAGUUCUCCCACGAGGACGAUGCAUUGGGCCAAGACCAUGGUCCUUACUCCCACAUUAACCAGAUCUUGAAGGAAGCUCAUUUAUACAAACUACAGCAGAGAGGACAAUCUCCAACAUGAUCACCUAGGCCUCCUCCUCCCUUGUUUAUAAAAGGCAAUGGCAUUCACAUAAAGCAGUCUUGGCUUUUGUCUGUAUUUUCAGUA